GAAAAAAAGUCAAUCUAGCAAGAGUCAUGCCGAUUUCAGCUUCAAACAACUUAUAACUGCGCGUUCUGCAAUCGCCAGCGAACAACUUUAGCUUCCUCUUUUAAUUCCUUCAAAUCGAGAUCAACACUUGCGUCUUUGCUUCCUCUGCACACCACCCAAUCCUACUCGCCCCCACUCUUUUUUUUUCUCUUCUUACUUUUUUUCUCUCUCCGGCAGAAGGGAUUUCUGCUACCCUCAUUAACGAUGUUGGACCAAAUGGCAAACGAGAUCAAGUUAAUCUCUGGGAGCUCCCACCCGGAGCUGAGUGCUCUGGUGGCCAGUCGACUUGGCAUCAAUAUCGCCAACACCAUGAGCCUCAACUACUCCAACCAAGAGACUAGUGUUUCCAUUGGAGAGUCCGUGAGAGACGAGGACGUCUUCAUCCUUCAGUCGACAGCGCCGGGUGACGUCAACGAUGGCCUCAUGGAGCUGCUCAUCAUGAUCCACGCUUGCCGCACUGCGUCUGCUAGACGCAUCACGGCCGUCAUUCCUAAUUACCCCUACGCUCGCCAGGACAAGAAGGACAAGUCCCGUGCGCCCAUUAGUGCCAGACUGAUUGCAAACAUGCUGCAGGUGUCCGGCUGCAACCAUAUCAUUACUAUGGACCUGCAUGCCUCACAGAUCCAGGGAUUUUUCAACGUGCCUGUAGAUAACCUGUAUGCUGAGCCAUCCGUCCUGCGGUGGAUCAGUGAGAACCUAGACGUUGAGAACUGCGUCAUCGUCUCUCCCGAUGCUGGCGGUGCGAAGCGCGCUACCUCGCUUGCUGACCGUCUCAACACCGGAUUUGCUCUGAUUCACAAGGAGCGCCCGCGACCUAAUGUUGUCGGCCGCAUGGUGCUUGUGGGUGAUGUUCAAGACAAGGUAGCUAUCCUUGUGGAUGACAUGGCCGACACCUGUGGAACUCUGGCCAAGGCGGCGGAAACCCUCAACAGCCACGGCGCUCGCCAAGUCUUUGCUAUUGUCACUCAUGGCAUUCUCAGCGGCACCGCCAUUGACACCAUUAACAACUCCCAUCUAUCUGGCCUUGUCGUCACCAACACCGUUCCUCUUGGCGAUAAAACUGAGCGGUGCCCUAAGCUCAAGGUCAUCGAUGUGUCUGGCACGCUUGCUGAGGCUAUUCGACGAACCCACAACGGUGAAUCGGUGUCAUACCUUUUCACCAAUGUUCCCGUCUAAACGACUUGAUGGGUUGUUAUUUUGUUUGGUUAAACUCUUUACUGUUUGUCUUGGUUGGCGACGAUUAGAUACUCGACCAACCAA